AUGGCAGGUCAGAGUCAAAUGGGAAGUGAUGGGAUAUGCCUGUUCUUGGAGAAGGAGGAUCCAUAUUUGGGAGUCAAUGAAAUCGGAAUUCCUCCAUAUUUUGCCUUGAAGCUAACCUAUCCGGAGAAAGUUACCGCAUGGAAUCUUGCCAAACUAAGGAAGGCUAUCAUUAAUGGCCCAGAUAUUCAUCCUGGAGCUUUAGCAUGUGCUGAUAAACCUACCCUUCACAAGCCAAGUAUAAUGGCUCAUGUUGUUCGUGUAUUGAAAGGGGAGAAAGCUCUACGUAUGCAUUAUGCAAAUUGCAGUUCAUACAAUGCUGAUUUUGAUGGUGAUGAAAUGAAUGUUCAUUUUCCUCGAGAUGAAAUUUCUCGUGCUGAAGCUUAUAACAUUGUCAAUGCCAAUGAGCAGUACAUCAUUCCCACAAAGGGCGAUACUGUCAGAGGCUUGAUUCAGGAUCAUAUUGUCGGUGCUGUGCUCUUGACAUUGAAAGAUACAUGUUUGACCAAAGAUGAAUUCAAUCAACUUCUUUAUGGUUCUCUUGCUUGUUCUGGGAAUAUUUCUGAAUUAGUUUCUGAAGGUAUUGUCCAGCCUGGUUUGCCUGCUUAUUGGAAGCCGCUUUGCUGGACAGGGAAGCAGAUGCAUGGCUUCAACUGUGGGGUAGAGGACCUAAUAAUACCACCCAGUUUCGAUGAUGAAAGAAAAGAGAAACUUGAAGGUGAAGAUGUUGGUGAAGGCCCCUUAAAACUGCAAUUGGAAGUUGAGAAAGUACUUAGCCGUGAUAGAGAGUUUGCUACAGCAUUAUUAGACAUGAAGAUGAAGAAUAAAUUAACCGAAAAGGCCAAUAAGAUCAGCAAGGAAUUACUUCGUCAAGGAUUGUUGAAACCCUUCCCAAAGAACUGCAUUUCUCUAAUGACGAUAUGCGGUGCUAAGGGUAGUACGGUGAAAGAUAUCACAUUUCAUCCUCAUUAUUUCAAUGUACAAUUUUGUAAGGAGAUCCUGAAGACUGCUGCUGUUGUUAUCAAAACUCCUGUUUUGACAUGCCCAUUCUUACAGUUCAAGUUCAAGGCUGAUGCUCAGUCUUGGGUUGAUGAAGCCAUGAAGAUCACUGUUGCUGAUAUCAUAGAGACCAUGGAAGUACAUAUUUUGCCACUCUCUGUGCACAACAAUGAGGAUGGUGAUGGUGGGGAUGAUGACAACGAUGCCACUGCCGAUGAUCUUGGUUCUGAUUCACAAAAGAGGAAACAGCAGGCUACAGAUGAGAUUGACUAUGAAGAUGCUUCUGGAGAUGAGUCAGCUGAUGAGAGUGAACAAGGAGUAGCUGAAGAUGAGGAAAUUGUCAAUGUUGAUUAUGAGCAUGCUUCUGAAAUCCCAAAUGAUGAGAAGGAAAUGUCAAGACAUAAAUCAAGCGAUAAAAUGGCAUCAUCAGCAAGUAAAAGAAGGAACAGAUCGAAAAAAAUCUUUGUUGGCAAGGAAACGGAUAGACAUGUGUUUGUGGAAGUCAAGGGGGGAAAGUUUGAGGCGCAUUUCCGAUUUACCAAUGAGCCUCAUAUUUUGCUGGCACAGAUUGCUCAGAGGACUGCAAAAAAUGUGUACAUCAAGAGCUCUGGUAAGAUCAGUCAAUGUAAAUUGGUUGAGCAUGAUGUAAGUGAAAAUUCAGUUAUUUGGGAUAAGGAAAAAGUCAAAUUGAAGGACCAAAUCGAGGAUGAGUCUUAUUGGGCACUGAAGGCUGCUGGAGUCGAUUUUACUGCUUUUUGGGAAAUGCAAGAUGAGCUUGAUGUUACAGGGGUCUAA